GCUGCUGCUAACUUUUACCAAUCUGUCAAUCCGUACAGAACCAGAACACUAUCAACAGUUUAUGCCUUUUUUUAGUAUAGUUAUUCGUUUAAUUUAAGGGGUUAAAUAACUUCGCCUCUUUAAGCUCAAUGUUUGGGCUUCCUGCAUCCCUUUGGUUGCGGCAGAUCCGUAGAAUGCAACUACAAGGCACCACAGUAGUUGUUUACCACACAMGUUUGUGAGCUAUUGUGCUGCAAUGUCUGACAAACACCAUUGUUCGUGUUGCUCCCAUCCUGUCUCCUCCCCCAGUGUUCACCAGACCCUGAAUGAAAUGGAUUUUGAAAGAGGUAUCUGGUCUGCUGCCAUGGAUGGAGACUUGGAGAGACUAAAGCUCCUUGUUCAGAAGGGGUCAGACCCAAAUCAAAGAGACUCAGCUGGGUAUACAGCUCUGCACUAUGGGAGCCGCAGUGGUCAUCUUGACGUAUGUGCGUUUCUUCUUGAGAAUGGUGCGUGUGCGUCRCCUCAGACACCAGGUGGGGCCACGCCGCUCCACCGAGCUGCUUACUGCGGUCACCUGGAUGUCGUCAGUCUCCUCCUGCGAUACAGAGCAGAUCCAUCGCUCUGUGAUGAUGACGGCGCGUCCCCUUUACAUAAAGCUGCAGAGCGGGGGCAUGAAGAGGUGUGCCAGCUGCUUCUGGAGCACUGUCCAUCACUCAGCAGCCAGGUCAACAACAAGCUCCAGCUACCGUACCAACUGACACAGCAGGGAGCCCUGCAGGAGCUCUUAAAGCCGCCCCCAUGAWGCUUUAGACUUCUAAGAUUACACAAAUGGUGUAAGUUUAAAACUGAACAAGACAGACCUGCAUUAAAAAAAUAAAAACAG